AUGGACAAAGGGAGGAGACGAAACUGGCGCCGUCGCCGUGAGGCCGAUACCGGCGAAACGAGCGAGGGGUGCGCGUGUCAGAACGGCGGUCACUGCGUGUGGACGGACCGGGGCCGCGCCUGCGUGUGCGCCGGCGCGUGGGGUGGGCCCACGUGUGCGCUGUACGUGGGCCACGACCACGCGUGCGCGGCGCGUGCCUGCCCGCCCCCUGCGAUCUGCGUCUGGGGCCCCGAUACUAGCGGAACAAAGGUGUACUGCGCGUGCUUAGAAGGCGCGUCGUGUACGUCACCUCGCGCCCUUCCCCAGCCCGGUGUUGUGGCGGGAGGCACGUCGGCAGCUGCGGACGCUGGAGGCGCGUGGGCCGGCGCGGGGCUGGCCCUGCUGGCUCUACUGGUCGCCGUGCUCGCUGCGCUCUACGUGCUGCACAGGCGGAGACACGGCGCGUUUGUGCACGCGCGGUUGGCCGACAACGUGGAGAUCAACAACCCUAUGUACCUGGCGGGCGAGGACGAGCUCGAGCCGCACGCGGAACACUCGCACACGAACGGCGGAAACCACUUCGCAAACCCCGUGUACGAGAGCAUGUACGCCGCGCAGCAGAACAACCCUGGCGGUUCCAUCGCCGAGGAGCACGCGAACCUACUGGCGGGCGCUCCGCGCGCGGGCUCGCCGCCGCCGGAGCGCGCGGCGCUGCUGUGA